AAAUAAACUGUUUUAUAUUGCUUCUGUUUAAAAUACAUGAAUCCAUAUAGUUUGUGUGUGUGUUUACAUUCGUUAAUCCAAAACACUAGGGGGAAUUGCCUUCAAUGAACGCCAUUUUGAUUCUAUUGAUAGGACACAGUGUACGUUCAUUCUAAAUUUGAGCCACAAUGAAGGUGUAGGUACCGGUAGUUUCCUGAACCGCUUACUUUGUACAGUUCGGCCCACUGAAGAUUGGGGGACACAGCACAUGGUGUUGGACAAAUCGUUAACACCCCCUCUGUGGCUGUUAGUAGUAGCCGAGCUCCAGCUGAUUGCUUUGAGUCCAGUGAGGACACUUGGAUGAUCAAUUAAUCCAAUCUGAGCUGUUUAGGACUAUUCGGAUCCCUGUGGCCGCUCGUGUCGGCAAAGCCAUCCACCUUCGUUGUCCAAUUUGACUGAGGACUAUUUAUAGAAGCGGAUAUUUGCUACUUGAGUUGGCUGAAGAUCCUUUACAACGACAAGGCCCCUGUCUCAUCCCCAGCCUUGCGUACCCUUGAUCAUUUUAUUGAAGUCAUGGGGGAUACUGGUAGUGAGCGCAGCAAACCCUUACCACCUCGGUGUCCAUGUGGAUUUUGGGGGUCCAGUAAAACCAUGAACCUCUGCUCAAAAUGUUUUGCUGAUAUCGAGCAGAAGCAGACAGAUGAGGACUGCACCUCAAAGCCCAGCCCGAGCACUGGCAGUAGCCAAUCGGCUGUCUUCAGUGGCGAGACGAGCAGCAACGGUAGCCAAUCCCUAUCGUCGUCACCACCCACUAGCUCCGAGCAGCCGUCGGUGUCAACCGAAGACCCUGUCCCCACAUUAUCACCUACACAGGAGGGAGUAUCGUCAUGCACAGAAACAGCCCAAGGCACCCUCUGUACACCCACAAAACGUCCUUGCGAAUCAGCUUCAGGGUCGGAGAGUGAGGCGUCACCAGAGAAACGGGCACGGCGGGACUUGGAGGGGGAGGCGGCGAGCGAGGAGCCUAGCCGAGGGCCCAAGCAGAAAAACCGCCGGCGCUGCUAUCGCUGCCAAACCAAACUGGAGCUGGUACAGCAGGAACUGGGCUCCUGUCGCUGCGGCUACGUGUUCUGCAUGCUCCACCGUCUACCUGAGCAGCAUGACUGCCUGUUCGACCACCUGGGACGCGGCCGCGAGGAGGCCGUCCUCAAGAUGGUGAAGCUGGACCGCAAGGUGGGCCGCUCGUGCCAACGCAUCGGAGAAGAGUGCUCUUGAGUUGCCCCCACUGCCCGCCCGUCGCCACCCAUCCACACAACAGAGAAAAUGCACUUAAAGAGAGAGGGGGAUGAAAGAGAGAGAGAGAGAGAGAGAGAGAGAGAGAGAGAGUGGGAGGGGAGGGAAGGGGAAGAAGAGGGAGAGAGCAUGGUUGUAAUAGAACCACACUUACCCCACCAUUCUGGAGCUGAGGGUUGUUGACCCACUCCUGUUAGUCUUGACCCCUCCAGAGGGGGACAGUUUGGACCCUGCCUUGGACACGGUCACCAUGGCAACCUCUGGAGCCACACUCAGUCACUAUCACACGUUCGUUUUCACGCAGCCUUAACUCGCCAGAGGGGUAUACUACAAAGCAGGAUCAAUGGGUUAGCCAGCUAACAGAAAUAACUACUGCUGUUCAGGUUCAUUUAAGAAAGCUAAACUUAGAUAUGUGUUUUUGGUUGUUGAGUAAAUUGGACCAUGCCCAUUUCAAGCUUAUCUUUCUUAAGAAUUAAGUUAUUUCACAAUAUUUAGGCAAGUUAGCUGGCUAACUCUUUUUAUUUUUAUAUAUUUUUUUUAUCACACAGCAGCGCAACCAUAGCUCAACAACAAUCUUUCCCCUCGGUCUUUGUUUCACUGAUCACGAAAGAUAAGGCUGUCUGCACCAGUACUUUCUAUAUCAAACUGACCUCUCUUUACCGGCUCCUUGGUCAUCAAUGGUGACAGAUGAACGGAGCAUAGCCCUGUCUGUCCCUUGACCACUCCUCAGGUUGUAGGGGGGUGGGAUAUUGACCUUUACCCUCCCCCACACACACUUUCUUUCUCCUCCCUCUUCACCCAAUGGCUCUUGGAUUGAAUUAGUGUGUGUGUUAAGGACGUCGUCCCCCUGGACCUGGGUCAGUUGUUGUGUGGCCGUGUUUGUUCUUAUGAGACUCUGCUAGACUGGUUUGACAACAAACCGGACCACAAACCCUUGUACUGCAGCCUUCUCCUCCUCCGCUUCUCUGAUGGAUUAGUCUGAACAAAUGGACUAGAGUCACUCACACACAGAACCUCUCUGAAGCAGAAGCCCUUCUCUGCCUGCUGCUCUUUGAAUAAGUGAUGCUGUUGCCGUUAAUGCUCUUUCUGUUUUGUAAUACCCUGUGCACUCUUACUCCCUUCUUUACAUACACACUACACAACCCCCGACUCAUUGGACUGUCAAACUAUGGCUCUCUUCAUAUGGCCAUACUAGCAGACCACUUAGAAAGCAUGCAUAAUACAUUGCUUCAUUUUUUUGUAGUAUGCUAGUCUGUUCCAUAUUUUCUUCCUACUACCCUAGUCACUUUACUUGAGUGUGCUGGUCCCAAUGCUCAUCUCAUUCUUCUUCCUCCCUUCCCUCUCUUGCUUCCUUCGACUCUUACUGGCCCCCUUCCUCUGGUGCGAGGAAUGAUUUGAAGGAUGGCGGGAGCAAUGUGUAGAGUGGCGUCGUGGGUGGUUUUUUAUUUUGAUAUUUCUGCGACCCGUCAUCUCUCGAGUGCUAAUGGAAAAAUGUACGAAAUUAAUCUUUCUGUAUCUUAAAAUACAUUUUAUUUAACCAUAUUGUUUUGAUGUACUUACACACUAGCAUAGAGCUGCAUAUUUAGUUAAAUGUAUAAAACAAGAACAAUUCUGUUUUUAUGUUCUUAUUUGAUUAUUUUCCCUUUUUGCUGAGGAUGAAUAAACUGGAUUAGAGGAAUGGGUGGCCUGUGUGUGAUCUUUAAAACAUUGAAUUAUAUGAUUAAAAUAAGGGUUAACAUUUUGCAUUAUUUUCUACAGAAACUUGUAAGCAGUUAAUCAAAACAAGUGAUAAUGGAAAGUGUGAACCUGAUUCUAUGGAAAAUUUUGCAAAUGUCUGUAACGAAAAAUAAAAAGCUCUCUAAAAUAGACGAUGAA